AUGGGCAACUGCACCAAAACACCAGGCAGGCGGCUCUCCAAGGACAAUAAGCAGUCCUCAGAGGCUCCUGGCUCCCCAGCCUCUACCAGCAACAACAUGGAUGAACUGGCUAAUGGCAUGCAGCAUCCUCCUUUGCAGAACUACUCAGUGCUGCAUGGCUUGGUGGGGCCAGCCUGCAUCUUCUUGCGCCAGAACAUCACCAUCACGCAAAUUGACAGAGAGCUGCGACCAGAGGAGAUUGAAGAGCUAAAGGAGGCCUUCCGAGAGUUUGACAAAGACCGCGAUGGCUACAUCAGCUACAAAGACCUGGGAGAAUGUAUGCGAACCAUGGGCUACAUGCCCACUGAGAUGGAGCUCAUUGAACUGUCCCAGCAGAUCACUGGAGGGAAAGUGGAUUUUGACGACUUUGUGGAACUGAUGGGCCCCAAGAUGCUGGCAGAGACAGCAGAUAUGAUUGGGGUGAAAGAACUGCGGGAUGCCUUCCAAGAGUUUGACACAAAUGGUGAUGGGCAGAUCAGCAUAGCUGAGCUACAGGAAGCCAUGAGUAAGCUCCUGGGGCAGCAGUUGAACUACCGUGAGGUGGACGAAAUACUCAAAGAUGUUGAUCUGAAUGGGGAUGGCCUUGUGGAUUUUGAAGAGUUUGUUCGAAUGAUGUCUCGCUGAGAGCAGCUAGUAGCAGCCCAAGGCUGAAGUGCCUUACUGAAAGGAGAGACUUCAAGCUGCCAUAUAUUCCAGCUUGCAAUGGAUCUAAGUAUUGGGAGCAAGGGCAGCAUGCUAGAACUUCCUACGCACCCUGUCUGGAGCCAAACAGCCACUCCUAAAGCUCAGAGACUCACACCAAUUUCAGAAGCUUCAGUGACGUCCUGGACCAGAAGACCCCAGACUGAAACCCUCUCUACUAUAUUAGAGACAACCACAACCCCAACCUCUCAGGCUCUGGAUGUUAUUGUACCUUGCCUUUACUCUCUCUAUUUGCUGUCCUUUCACCCCAAACAUACUUUAAGAGAGAGCAGGGUUAACCAAUACAUCUCUCAGAAUUUUCUGCGUGCAAUUGUUUGAAAAUUUAUUUAUUUAUUUAUUGAAUUUACUAGUCGCCCAUCUGGCUGGUUAUCCAGCCACUCUGGGCGACGUACAAAAUAAAACAU